AUCCAGAGCUAGGUCCAGCGUCAUAAACCUCCUCUAUGAAGGCUGUAUAGAAAAUAAAGCAAGAGAUCAAGUUACUUAUGUAAAUGAUACGUAUGUACAUGUAUACGUAGCACAGUCUCCCAUCUUCAUAGCUCUCAUAGGUAUGUAACAUGUCAUAAUCUUAUACUGCCGAGGCACAGUUACAGGUGUCACCCCGGCGUCUUCUCUUUAUAAUCCAUGCCUAAUGAUACGGAUCCUCUUGACUUUGAUACCGGUUUUCUCACAGAUAAGGGACUCGAUCUCCUAAAGCAUUGUUGGGCAUACAAAAAACAGCGAGAGAUCGGGCAAAGGAUGUCAGUAUUCAGGGGCGAGCUGCAAGCUGGACACCCGUUAUUUCCAGAGGGUUCCAAAGCGGCCAUUACUGAAUGGGAGACAGCUUGGUCGAGGAUGUACAAAGAUAUCGAGUAUUCUGCUGAAGAUUAUGCCCUUAUUGACACAUGGAUACGUGAUAAGGUAGGUUUGGCCUGGCAUUCAUCGGGCACGUGUAAGAUGGCACCGCGUGACCAGAACGGCGUUGUGGACCAGUAUCUCAAUGUUUAUGGUAUUGAAGGUCUGAAGAUCGUAGACCGGAGCAUCGUCCCGAAGAGUGUUGCCGCAAAUAUGAACAACACGGCCCUAGCUAUCGGUGAAAAAGCUGCAGAUAUUAUCAUCAAUGAACUCGGGCUCAGUCGGGAGUAGACAGCCGCCCCCAAUCAUAUGAUCAGUCUAGUCUGCGAUUCAGAAGGGAGUUCAAACGUGUAUUUUGACUGCCUAAGUUAUAUGAUAAUCCGGAAGAUAUUUUAGCCGCUUCAAUGAAAUAUCA